AUGGCAGAUAUAUUCGAUAUGGAGGAUGAAGUCGCUGGAUUGGCUUCACAGAUCCAAACCAAACUCACAACCCUGACCAAUCCGGAACUAAACUAUAAAAUCGUCGAGGCAAUCGAAGAAGAAGAAGGUGAAGACGAUAAUCAUCUCCAUCCACAAGAUUAUUAUCCCGGCCAACAAUCUGCUAGACCUAUCAAAAUUGCAGACAGACAACGUAGGAGAUCAAGCAUUAUUUCGUCAUAUGAAGUCAACAUUGGAAACUCCUAUGUGUCAUCCUCGUUAAUAAUUAACAAAUCGCCGGUCAACAAAUUUCACACCCCAAAGUUGUCGGACUUUGAACCGAUCAAAGUUUUGGGAAAAGGGUCCUACGGUAAAGUGUUGUUAGUGAGAGAAGUAUCCACGGGCCGAUUGUUUGCCCAGAAACAGUUGAAGAAAGCGUCUUUAAUCAUCAAUGAGGAUACCAACGAGAUUCACGAGAAGAAUUACCAACGAACAUUGAAUGAGAAGCAAAUAUUGGAACUUGUCAACCACCAGAAUAUUGUCAAGUUGUUCUAUGCAUUCCAGGACAAUGACAAGUUAUAUUUGAUUUUGGAGUACCUCGACGGUGGUGAAUUGUUCCAUCAUUUGGCCAUGGAGAAGUUUAUGAGUGAGAAGAAUGCGAGCUACUAUAUUGCCCAGAUGGCGUUGGCCAUCAGGUACUUGCAUGUCAACUUGAAAGUCAUCUACCGAGACUUGAAGCCAGAGAAUUGCAUGCUCAACAGCAAGGGGAAUUUGGUGUUGACUGAUUUUGGGUUGAGUAAAGUGUCGAGUGAUGACGACAAGAAGAACCAUUCAAUGACGGGAACAGCCCAGUAUAUGGCACCUGAGGUGUUGAAGGGUGAACCAUAUGACUAUUCAGUAGACUGGUGGUCGUUGGGGUGUGUGGCAUUCGAUUUGUUAACAGGGUCACCACCAUUCACUGGGAAUAACCACAAGAAAAUCAUGGACAAGAUUGUGCAGAGCAAGAAGACGUUGAAGUUCCCAUUCUACUUGAGUUUGGAUGCCAAAGAUCUCUUGAGGAAAUUGUUACAGGUGAACCCCGACAAGAGAUUCAAUGUUGAUGAUGAUUUUGAAAAGUUCAAGAAACAUAGAUUCUUCCGACAUGUCAAUUGGAACGAGUUGGAGAACUUGGACAAAUCCGAAACCAUUCCACCAAUUUUGCCAAUCAUCACGGACCCUAUAUUGGCAGAGAAUUUUGAUUCUGACUUUACCGAUAUGGCAUUCACACCACAGAAUGGUAGCACUUUGGACAAAGAUAUUUUCAAUAUCACUGGGUUUACAUACACGAAUCCCAAGUUUAUAGACACUCAUUUCUUAGAUCCUAAGAAGAUAUAA